AUGAGUUCUACACCAAAGCAACAACAAAUUGUUGACGACAACAAUUGGAAAUCAACUUUAAUAUUACCACCAAAAGACGAAAGAAAGCAAACAGAAGAUGUCACUGCAACUGAAGGAAAUGAAUUUGAUGAUUUGCACUUAAAGAGAGACCUCUUGAGAGGUAUCUUUGAAAAGGGUUACGUAAAACCAUCCCCCAUUCAAGAAAAGGCUAUUCCAAUUGCUCUCGCCGGUAAGGAUAUUAUGGCCAGAGCAAAGAACGGUACCGGUAAAACUGCCUCCUUCCUCAUUCCAGCAUUAGAAAAGACUGAUCCAACUAAAGAUUAUAUUCAAGUUUUAAUUUUGGUUCCAACAAGAGAAUUGGCUUUACAAACAUCACAAGUUUGCAAGGAAUUAGGAAAAUAUAUGAACGUAAAGGUUAUGGCAACCACAGGUGGUACCAGCUUAAAGGAUGAUAUCAUGAGAUUAUAUGAAACUGUACAUAUUUUGGUCGCCACUCCUGGAAGAGUUCUCGAUUUGGCCCAAAAGAAUGUUGCCAACCUUUCAAAUACACAUACCAUCAUUAUGGAUGAAGCUGAUAAACUUUUGUCACAAGAUUUCCAACCAUUAAUUGAACAAUUGAUCAACUUCUUACCACCACAACGUCAAAUUCUUUUGUUUUCAGCCACAUUCCCAUUGACCGUCAAGACCUUCAAGGACAACUAUCUCCAAAAAGCAUACGAAAUCAAUUUGAUGGAGGAACUAACCUUAAAGGGUGUCACCCAGUACUAUGCCUUUGUUGACGAGCGUCAAAAGAUCCAUUGCCUCAACACACUCUUCUCUAAACUCCAAAUCAACCAAUCCAUCAUCUUUUGUAACUCUGUCAACCGUGUCGAGUUGCUCGCCAAAAAGAUCACCGAGCUCGGAUACUCUUGCUUUUACAUUCACGCCAAAAUGCAACAAGCUCACCGUAACCGUGUCUUCCACGACUUUAGAAACGGACAUUGCCGUAACUUGGUCAGUUCAGAUCUCUUUACCAGAGGUAUCGAUAUCCAAGACGUCAACGUUGUCAUCAACUUUGAUUUCCCUAAACACUCUGAGACAUACCUCCAUCGUAUUGGUCGUUCUGGCCGUUUCGGUCACCUCGGUCUCGCCAUCAAUCUCAUCACCUAUGAGGACAGAUUUUCACUCCACAAGAUUGAACAGGAAUUGGGUACUGAAAUCAAGCCAAUUCCUCCAGUCAUUGACAAGUCCCUCUACGCUGUCUAA